UGAGUGAAUAAACCCUCUCUCCUAAAAGCCAAACCCACUCAAACCCUUGGCGGCUGCGAACUCUUCUUCCCUCGUCCCCAUCCUCCUUAUUUCUCUCUCCGCUUUAAUCCCUAAAUCCCAUUUCGCCAUAUUUCUCGGAGAUUUAGGGUUUUAUCUGUAAGAUCCGAAACUCAAUUUUAUCCCGUCAUGGCCACCGUUGCUCCCUCCUCUGAGAAAGCUGCAGAAUUACUGCAGAAUUUGUCCUUAGAUUCUCAGCCAAAAACCUUGGAAAUUCCUGAGCCCACCAAGAAGACUUCCCUAUACCAGUAUGGCAGUGUGGAGUCGGCUGUUUCUGCAAAUGGUCAGAUCCAGCCAUAUGAGCGGUCAGUGACGCCGUUCGUGCCUGAUUUAAUGGACCCAUCGGUGUGCUACAUUCCUAAUGGUUAUCCCUCCCCUGCCUAUUACUAUGGAAGUUAUAAUGGAACUGGUAAUGAGUGGGAUGACUAUUCUACUUAUGCAAGUACUGAUGGAGUUGAGAUGACGGGAGUUUAUGGGGACAAUGGGUCUGUAAUGUAUCACAAUGCUUAUGGAUAUGCACCCUAUGGACCAUAUUCACCAGCAGCUUCCCCAGUGCCAACAUUGGGGAAUGAUGGCCAGUUAUAUGGGCCUCAGCAUUACCAGUAUCCUCCUUAUUUCCAGCCACUGACACCAAACAGUGGGCCAUUCAAUCCUAGUCAGGCAGCCUCUUCUCAAGAAGAGCUUUCUUCCUCCACAGCCCCUGAUCAAAAGCCUUUGCCUGCAGAAACCACUAAAGGGAAUUCUAGUAGCAUUGCCAAUGGUGGAGCAAAGGGAAACAAUGGUUCAACUCCGGUGAAACCAACAUAUCAAAAUCUUUCAAUGAAUAUGAAUGAUACAAAUGGAAGGGGUAUUUUGCCAGGGGGUUUGCCACCUUCUGGUUAUCAAGAUCCAAGAUUUAGUUUUGAUGGAAAGUAUAGAAGCACUAGUAUUACUUCUUCAUAUUCAAAGGGUAAUCAUGUUCCAUCUUCAAGGAACCAGAAUUUCCGUCAGAACUCCAAUUAUAUGGGUUUGCAUCAACCUAUUUCUAUGUCUGGCAUGGGAUCUACUCAUGGCUUCAUGAAUGGCAUGUACCAAAACAAAUUUUAUGGUCACUAUGGAAACACUUUUAGGUCUGUCGCGGGUUUUGGACCUACUGGUUAUGAUUCAAGAAUAAAUUCAAAUGGGUGGUUGGCUGUUGACAGCAAAUAUAAACCUAGAGGACGAGGCAACGUCUACUUUGGUUUUCGCAAUGAGAGUAUUGAUGGUUUGAAUGAGCUAAACAGGGGACCAAGGGCCAAGGGUUUCAAGAACCCAAAGGGUUUUGCACCUGUAACAUUAGUCGUCAAGGGACAGCAAGUGCCACCAAGUGAACCUGUGAAUGAUGAAAAGGAUGAGUUGCCUACAAUUCCAGAUAGGGAACAGUAUAAUAGAGCAGAUUUCCCUGAAGAUUACACUGAUGCUAAAUUUUUUGUUAUCAAGUCUUACAGUGAGGAUGAUGUCCAUAAGAGCAUAAAAUAUAAUGUCUGGGCCAGCACACCAAAUGGGAACAAGAAGCUUGAUGCAGGAUAUCAGGAGGCUCAGCAGAAAUCUGGUGGAUGCCCUGUAUUUCUCUUUUUCUCGGUAAAUACUAGUGGGCAAUUUGUUGGACUUGCUGAGAUGAUAGGACCUGUUGAUUUUCACAAGAAUGUUGAAUACUGGCAACAGGACAAGUGGACUGGCUGUUUCCCAUUGAAGUGGCAUAUUGUGAAGGAUGUACCCAAUAGUUUGUUAAAGCAUAUUACCCUUGAGAACAAUGAGAACAAACCAGUAACCAACAGCAGAGACACACAAGAGGUUAAAAUGGAGCAGGGGCUUAAAAUGAUCAAAAUAUUCAAGGACCAUUCCAGCAAAACGUGUAUUUUGGAUGAUUUUGGAUUUUAUGAGAAGCGUCAGAAGAUAAUUCAGGAGAAGAAAGCUAAGCAACAGCUGUUCCAGAAACAGGUGCUUGAUGGAAAGCUUGAAGAUGAGAAGAGAGAAAUGGCAAAUGGAUCACACGAGUCAUUGGAAACUGUGACUGAUGUGAUGAAGGAGCCUACUUCAACUGCUCAGUCCAACGGGGACAUGAAGCAUUCACAGAAUGCGUCAGUUGCAAAAACUGUAGAUGCCUUGAAGGCAAGUGAGCCGCUUGCCUCAGAGGAGCAGAAUGCAGCAAAUGGGAUUGCCGGUGGUUGCUAACUAUUACCAUGCUCCAGUGUUCUGAGAUCAUGUAGGGAUUAAUUCAGGGUUAUUCAAAGUUUUGUUGCAUGAUAGAAUCUGAUCUAAUUGAUGUGAAUGAUCUUUGAGCUUAUGAAGUCGUCGUGGAGCCGUCUUGCUGCUUUGAAGCCUCAAAUAUUAUUUUGAUGAUUGGAAAAUAAUCUUGAGAUUCUUCAAUGUGCGGAGGUUGGGACCGUUGGCUAUUCUUCAUCAAAUUGAAGGGGUUUUUUUUUUUUUUUUUUUUUUUGUUAUAUCUUUUUUUUUGGGGUGAAUCUUUUUCUUAUAGUGGUUAGCUGCUGACAGGAUUUCAUUCCUUGUAAGUUUGGGUUUAGGGUGCUUUAAUUGGCUUUUGUAUUCUUAUGAUCUCAAUCUCUGGGUUUUAGCUUUAUUUUCUACACCAUUUUACUUGUAAGGCCGUUUCGUUGUUUUUGAAAGUUUAGAUAUAGUAAUCAGGUUUCCUUUGUUGGUAUUUGUAGAGAGCUAUAAGCAAGGUGGGAAAGCAUUUUAAAAUACAUAGUUGAGUAAAAGGAGAAUUUUAUA